AUGUUCUUUGGGGUCUCUAUCAGAAAACAGAGUUGGGGAAUCCAAAAAAGGAGCAUAAUUCUGAUAUCCCGCCAGAUAUUACCUAAUCGGAAUCCUACUAGAGAAACUUCCAUUGCUCUCGCUUCUGACCAAGGCCCUUUCAGGUGCAACAGGUGCAAGGCGUAUGUCAAUGCCUUCUUCACGUGGCACAACGGUGGCAAGGAGGCGACUUGCAACUUUUGCGGGCAGCGUGUGGAGGUGCCCAUGGAGUACAUGUGCAAUCUUGACGAGAAGGGACAGCGCGCAGACAAGGGCUCCCGGCCCGAGCUCAAUCGCGGCACUGUCGACUACGUGGCUCCAAGCGACUACUCAGAAUCGGCGCCUGUGGUUCCUGCCACGAUCUUUGUCAUAGAAGCGACGCAGAGAUCUGUGCAGUGCGGGCUGCUACCGCAGGUCAUGUGGACACUGCGAUCCUUGCUGGGCUUUAUGGAGAAGCCGUCGUCCAG